AUGCAGUGUGCUUAUUCCUUGUUGGUACACAGAAGUAGAGGUGCCUUACACACUGUUAUUCAAAGAUUUACGAGCAAAGAUACCGUCCCAGCCGAAGAUAGCAAUCUGCGAAAUAUUUCUUAUCCGACGUACAAGCCUAAAGAUUCACAAGAAUCUCUGGUAAAGAAAAGAGCAAGACUCACAUGGCAAAGUAGAAAGAGGGGAAUUGCUGAAAACUGUUUACUUUUCAGUACUUUUGCUGAUAAGUAUCUAAAUGACUUAACAGCAGAUCAGUUGAUUAUGUAUGAUAAAUUAUUGAACACGGCCGAUAAUGACUGGGAUAUGUACUAUUGGAUGACUGGUGCGAGAUCUAUCCCAAGAGAAUUUGAUAAUGAAAUUAUGCAACUUUUGCAAAAGCAUUGUAAAAAUGAGGAGAAAUCUGAACGAUUUGAACAACCCCCAUUAAAUUAUGAACCUAUUAAUGAAGAAGUUUGA